UGAAAAGACAGUAAAGACAGUCUCUACCGGUAGCAGCGAUCGAUAUCACACUCGCAUCGCUCCAGCAGAGCCUCUAGCACAACGCUCCAGCGUCGCACGAUGGGCCGCGGCAGGACUACGCGCCAGCUGCAGAAGGCCAUCAAUUACCCCGUGGGCGCCAGCGGCGACGACGACGCCGCGGCGACGGCGCCGGCCCCGAGAAGGCGCGCCGCGCCGACCGGGCGCCGUGUGCGAAAAGGCCGGCGCGACGGGACCGUAUUCAAGGCCGACAGCAGCGACGAGGACGCCCCCACGACGCCGACGGGCUCGCAAGCGCCCGGCGUCGUCUCGAUCGCGCACGUCGCUAAUGAUCAGCAGAAGAAGACGCCGGGCUUGCGCCGGAAGCGCCAAAACGCGAGGGAUGGUGAAGAGGUCGAAGAAGACGCGCCCAUGGAGGCCGUAGAAGAUGGCGAGACCGCCGAGGUCCCGCCGAACAUGCGCGAAGAAGUCGGCGGCGGCGGGCCCUUCGACAACGUGCCCCUAGAUCCGCCCGCGCCCGCGCCCGAGGUGCUCACCGACCAGCUCGGAAAACGCCUCUCGAUCAGCAAGGACGCGGGCGGCUCGGACGCGAGCAUGAGCGACGACGAAGAGGAGGAGAGCGAGGAGGAGGCGCCGAUCAUGUGCCCGAACCAAGGGUGUGGCAAGGGCCCCUUCAAGAACGCUGCGGGGCUCAGGGCGCACCAGGGCAAGUGCAAGUGCCCCGCGCCGCCGCUCGUGCCGGUCGACGACGAGGCGGCGGCGGCGUUGAAGGAAUUUGAGGAGGGCCUGGCGGCGGCCACGAACAAAGUAAACUUCGUUUUGAAGGAGCUCGGACUGUACAAAGACCUCAAUAAGAAACCUGCGAACAAGUGGGGCAACGCGAGGAAGCUCGAGGAGUUGCGCAAGCUCAUUGCAAGUGGUGCGGAAAAGUUGGAGAAGAAAGAAGGCGCUGGCAUUUCAAAGCCGGUCGUGGUGUGGUGCGCGGAUGAGGGCCUCGACGCUCAAGUGCUUUUGUGUUUGGGCGGAGUGCGGCAGGCUUCGAAGUUGGAAUCCCUUGAUUUCGCGGGGAAGGUCGAUGCGGGCGUGGACGCCAUCCGUAAAUUGAUAAAGGCCGUCGCGGACGGCACGGAGAAGCACGACAUCAUCGGGGCGCGGUGGCCGACGGAUGACGACUGGAAGGACGCCACCAUCACCAAAGUCGCCCCCAAUAAGCACGGCGGUAGCAGGCUCAUUGGCCUGGGCCAGAUCGAGCAGGAGCAGGCGGACGACCGCGCCACGCGCGCGAAGGACUUGGAGGCGAGGGCCGCGGCGGACGCGAAGCAGCACCGGGACUGGUGCCAGGUCGCCCACGCGACGCCCAACGCCGGCGCGCCCGUGUGGACGCGCCACGUCGAUAAGGCGAGCGGCCGGCCCUACUGGUACAACGCGGCGAAGGGGCGGACGACAUGGGACGACCCCUCGGCCUUCGUGGCGCGCUCGCGCGUCGAGCUCCCGGCGGACCCCGAGGAGCAGAAGCGGGCCAUUGCGGCUACGUUUGCCCGCCGGCAGCGGGGUCGCGGCUUGGGCGACUUGAUCUCGCCCGACCCUGCCGCGCGGGCGCGGGCCGUCGCGGCUACGACUGGCGAUCACACGUACGACGCUUCGUAAGCGCCGACGUGGUCUUAGAUGUGUAAGUUCAAUAACUGACAAA